ACAACAAUAAUUCCACUUGUUAGUCAGUCUGUGGCGCUCAGUGAGGGAAGACGUGCCGCCCCGUCUCGUGUGGAUACCUGUUGCUUUUGCGCACGAAUACUCUCGUUAUCUCGGGAUAAUUACUCGCAAUCAAGAGCCAUUAUGGUGUCCUGAACGGAGUUUUCGGUUACUGGGAAGUGUUUGUUCUGAAUCCAAAGGAAGUUUAUGGAGUAAUCUUACAAAUACGAAUAUUAAGUGAGUUAAAAGUUUUGACUUGAGUUGUUGCAAUGUGAAAAACAUCAUGGGACCGAACUUAGACCCAGAAACGGUACAAACUCAUCUUAAUGGAUCGGCCAGUGUGAUUUUGUAGCGUUGAUCUCCGAAAUAGUGGACUCAAUGGAGGACGAAAUCGUCUCUCGGAUGUUGGUGGGUGGCUUAGCCGGUGGAGGAGGGAGUGAGGGGCAUCUUAGUAGUAGCACUAGUCGCCUUACCCGAGGAAGGAGAAGAGGCUGGCCAGCAGCAGCAGCAGCAGCCUCGGCCGAGGAGGAGGAGGAGGAGGAGGAGGAGGGACUUAGCAGCGAGGUAGUACCCAGUGGCCACCAUCUUGAAAGGAGGAAUUGGGAGGGCAUGCCCCAAAAUCCCACCGCAAACCCACCGAGGAUCGACCUCCCCACCGCGAAAGGAUUCCUAAGAGACGGCCUUUCCAAAGACUCCUUCUGCAGGAGUACCUGUGGUAGUGGUGGUAGUGGUAAUCGUGUGGUGUGGGGGUUACGCUGGCCCCUGCCGCUAAGGACGUUGUGGGUCUGUUUUCUGUGGGUCCUCUUCACCACCCCCACAAAUACCUGUGCAGAUUCUAAUGGCUGUGAUUUUUAUGGGAGCGGUCUGGAGCAAGACGGAAGGGGCGUGCAACCGGUCUAUCUGAGCUGCUCCUCGGGGCGAGUCGAGUGGCAGUACCCAAGAGCGGGCCUGCGAGUCAUCCUCAAGUCCCCGCACAAGGACAAGGAGUUCCACGCCUGCAUCAAGGCGGACAAGAAGUUCGGAGGCGCCCGCGUCUACCUCGAGGGACACAGGUCCCUCCUGCCCUUGUACGCUCCUGACGACGGGAGACCCACCGAGCUCCUCCGCUGCUUCACGAGCUACAAGGGCCAGGCCGCCCUCUACGUCGAGGCCGACCAGGGCGCCGACGAUCUCAAGAAGCAAGUGGCCGCCUUCGAGUACGACCUCCAGAGCUUGGCGAAGGGGGCCUUGUACGACCCGAUCGAAGAAUGUCGUCCUUGCUCCGAGGAAGAACUCUUGAGGCUGUACUGCUCAGCGGACUUCGUGGCCAAGGGCACGAUCGUGGCCUCCGAGGACGACUCCCGCCUGAAGCACACGAAGAUCACCGUCAGGGCGACGAAGCUCUUCCAGCAGACGUCUCCUGUCUUCAGGCACUCGGCCUCCUCCCGCAAGGGGAAGAAACACCAGAGCUCCUACUACUCCCACAGGGCGUCUCGGGAAGCCCUCUUCCUGCAGGAGGAGGAAGUGGAGAGCAACGCCCUGGUGCCCGACGUAGCCGAGGGAUACGUUGGGCACGUCAGCGUGCCCAUAGAAUGUGGGGCGCGGGCAGGGGAGGGAGAGUUCCUAGUGAUGGGGGUCGUCAGGCUGGGUCAGCCUAUGCUGAAGUGCGCGCCUAGGCACGCCGAGUGGGUCACUCUCUCCAAGACUGCGCAUGCGCGCGCUCAGUGUGUGAUUGAGACCUAGUGACUGAAAAACACGAAGUGAAGAGUGAAAGACGAUUAUGGGAUUGGAGGAAGGAGCGAUUAUUUAUUCAGAGAAAAAGAGACAAUUUAAAAUAGAGAAAAAAAUAAUUGUUUGAAUGGAUCCCGCCACAAAAUUUCCGAUGACAAGACAAACACCAAAUACGUCAAUAAAAGUUACUGAAUGAAAACUGCCUUAAGAACUGUUCGACUCGAAGUCUGGAGUAACGUAAUACAGGUAAUAUAAUUGUUGCAUCGAAUAAACUCUUACUUUGUGCAAUACCUGUGACAAUCCAACUUUCAUUUCCGCUAUUGAGUAGCGCUAUUUAAAGCCAUAACUAUGCCAUAUUUACGAGUGCAAUAGUCCAGACCACGAAACAAUAAAACCUCACGAACAAAACCAGGAAUAGAAAAGGGACUGCAUCGGUUUUUGCUAAGGUUUUUAUGAAGUUUAAAGACGCUGGGAAUAGUGCUUUGCCGAACAUGUCGAGCGACAUCUAGUUUCAACUAGACCUAUGUGUACAUAGGUCUAGUUUCAACUAGACCUAUGUGUACAGAGGUCUAGUUUCAACUAGACCUGUAUGUACAUAGGUCUAGUUUCAACUAGACCUAUGUGUACAUAGGUCUAGUUUCAAAUAGACCUGUAUGUACAUAGGUCUAGUUUCAACUAGACCUAUGUGUACAGAGGUCGACUGCAGUUCAUACCUAUGAACUUUACGCAUUUUAAGUGCCAAUUUAUUCCUGUUGUUGCAACACAGACGACAAAAUAAGACAAAAAAUGCAAGACAUCGUUAUUUCGAAGUGACUCAAAUUUUGUGUGACUAGAAUGAUCCGCAACAUAUAUACUCUGCGACUUGAGAAAAAAAAAAAAAAAAA